AUGCUUACAUCAUGCUUUUUGUCCCUCAUCCUCACAAAAGGUAUCACCUCAACGAUAGUGAUAACACCUCCAGAAAUAAAUGCUUCACUUGGUAAAGACGGAUCUAUUGCACUAAACUGUACAUUCUCAGAGGGAACAUUUCAAUCACUUCUAUCUAUGGUUUGGUUGAAGAAAAUUGGAAAUGAAUAUAAUGACAUAGCAAAAUUCAGACAGUAUCCUGAACAGGAUGUACGCUUGUCCGAAAACGGUAGUUACCUGAUAAACAGAUCUCAACUGACCAUUCCUGGAAGUGGUUCUUCUAGCAGCUUCAUUUUGACAAUCAAUAACAUUGAGUGUCGAGAUGAUGGGAAAUACCGGUGUGUUUUAAAUUACUUGAGGGGCGACGGCAGAACGUUUAGAAUAACAGGAGACACAACUGUAUUUUUACAAGUGCCCGCAGAACGACCAUCAACUAUUACCGUGUAUCCAAAGUCCAUUCUCAGAGAAAACGACGAAGUGACUUUAACUUGUUCUGCAAAUACUGGAAAUCCAGAAGGUUAUAUUGCAAUAUGGAAGAUCAGUUUUCACGAAAAUGUAGUAAUAUUACUGAAUAGAUCACGAACAACAGGGAUAAAGAAUACAAACUGUUCUGCUGUCACUCACAUGACUUUAACUUACAUCUUAUCUAGAAAAGACAAUGGUGCAAUUUUCAGCUGUUCUUCACAAAACAGACUAACCCAGGUACCUGGUCCAAGCAUAGUCACAGAUACAGUGACAGUGCUAUAUGGUCCUUCCUAUGUGAAGAUUGAUAUGUGGCCUACAAGUCCUACUGUGUUUGUCGGCUCAAAAGUAACCCUUACGUGCAAUUCUGACGGGAAUCCAGUUCCAACUUUCAAAUGGAUAUAUAAUUCGACAAACGAGCGUUCUGAAAAGAUGCGACCACUCACAUGGAAAAAGAAAAAAUUGGUUUUACAUAACGUUGAACUCAACGACAGUGGUGUUUAUUGCUGCGUAGCUUCAAAUGCCAUAUUUGGAGAAAUAUUGCAUAAGUCUUCAAAUAUAGCACUGAUAAUCCAAGAACAAGAGCAAGUAACGGUAUAUAAGCAAAGUUGUCGAGAAAAUCAGUGUGCUUUCUCUGAAAGAUGUGUAGUUCUAGAUCACAAAGUUUUAUGUACGACGAACAUUUGGAGUUAUAUUGCCUUGCCAUUCAUUUUCUUUACUCUGCUAUUUGUGGUGACAACUGCUGUCUUAUGCAUGAGAAGUAGUAAAGACUCAUCAUUCAUAAAAGUUAAUAGAGAGAUGAUGUUAGGAUAUCUUCGUUCACUGAAAAGUAAGCAAACCCCAGGAGAAAGAGCCACUUUGAAUAGCACAGAACAGUCCAGUACAGUAGAGAGAAGUGACACUACAACCUAUGAAAUUUUGAACAAUAGAGAGCAAAGAGAUGCAUUUAGCAACGAGAAAACAAGAUAUGAAACUUUAAAUAUCGCGACGGAAACAAAUACAAGAUACGAAGCUUUAAACAAUUCUGAACAAACAAGUGCAAAAUACGAAGUCCUCGAUAUGGCAUCACAAACAAGUGCAAAAUACGAGGUUUUGAAAGCAUGUAUGAGAGAAGAAAAAUAUGCAAAAUACGAGGAAUUAAACAUUUCAGGGCAAGACAAAGCAAGAUGCGAAUUUUUGAAUGUCAAAGAAUCUACAAAUCAAUAAGAGAGAUUUUCAUAAUGUUUUAAACUGAAAUGCAAUACGAAAAUUAGAAAUCAGAAAUAUCUUAAAGACAACGUGAGAGUGCAUGCAUUAAGAUAAAUGAUUUUUUUAAAAAAAAAUUCUUGUGUAUUCGAUAUAUCUUUUUGAAUAAUAUUACAAUGAAAUAUGUUCAAAACAUAUCUUUUUGUACUCGCAAUAUUAAAAACAUCACAAAGUCUCAUAAACAUUUUUUAUUAUAUUUGUAUAUUUAAGUAGAGAAAAACAUUGAAAGAAAAACUAACAGCCUAAAUUUAUGAAAAAUAUAAUGACCAUCUUUUCUUGAUGUAGCAAUAUAUCAAUUUAACAUGCAUAGAGUUUACAUAUGUGACUCCCUGCUGCUUUGAUACAAUGUAAUUACCAUGUUCAACUAAAAAACAAUUUCUGAACCGAAGCAAGCCACUGACUUAUAAAUUGGUGAUAUAUCGAUAUCAACAAUUUGGUUUAAAGUCAACUUUUUAAAAAUUCUUUUAAGCCAAGACAAUUUAUUGUUUUAUAACUCUAAGUAAUAUUCAAAUGUAGUUUAAAUCUUUCGUUGGUUUUA